AGCACGUGCACAAACCCGACGAAGCCUCCAACCCCCCCAACGCAUCCGCCGCCUCUCGCUCUGCCUCCAAUCCCGGGUCCUCGGUUUCCACGGUUUCCACGGUUUCCACGAUGGGAGAGACGGUGGCGACGCGUCGGUCGCUGGCGUCGCUGCUGAGUUCGGGCACGCUGACUGCGGAGGAAGUGAAGCGCGGGAACGAGUUCCGGUCGCACCUGGGGCACGUGACGGAUGAGGUGUGCACGCAGAACGGUUCGAAGAGCCUGCAGCACUAUCUGGGUACGCUGUCCGGCGAUCUGUGCGCGGCGGUGGUGGGCGAGAUCGUGGCGGAGGUGCUUCCGACGGGGUGCAAAAUCAUCUGCGACACGUUCGGGAACUACUUCUACCAGCUGCUGUUUAAAAAGGCGACGGUGGCGCAGAAGGAGGCGCUGCUGCAGGCGAUGCUGUUUCCGAAGGAGGAGCCGGGGAGCACGAUCUAUGAGAUCAGCGUGAAGAAGACGGGGAACUUCGCGUUCCAGAACAUCAUCGACUACAUGAAGGAGAGCGCGAAGCUCGGGCAGAUCAUCGUGAAGGCGCUCCAGCACAGCGUGGUCAACUCCGGCACCGGCGCGACGGAGGACGUGAUCCUCCCGCUGAUCGAGCACGAGCGCGGCACCCACGUGAUCCAGCGCAUCAUCAAGACCUUCGACAUCUCGCUAUGGACCCCGAUCUACUCGAUCCUGCUGGAGAAGUGCUACGACGUGGCGCGGGACCGCAACGGCUCGAUGGUGCUGCGGCUGUGCUACGGACAGGUGGACAUCGACCGCAAGGAGGACUUGGCGCGCGUGAUCAUCCAGCACGCCAAGGACUUGUCCGCGGACCCCGUCGGCAACUACGUCGUGCAGCACAUCCUCAUGCUCCCCGAUGCAUAUUCGGAGGAGAAGCUGGCUCGGUAUUACUCGAUCAUCCGGGGAAUUCUGAGCAAACUGGCCGGGCAUUAUUUGGAGCUCAGCAAGCAGAAGUAUAGCAGCAAUGUGGUGGAGAAGUCGAUCACGAACAGCGUGAUGCUGGGAGACAACACGAUUUUCAGGGAAUUGCUCACCGUCUCGGCCGUGCAGCAGCUGCUUGAUAAUCAUUACGGCAUGUUCGUGCUGCAGAAGCUGCUGCAGUCGAUUCCGCCGCAGUGGAGUAAGGAGAUCGAGAGGCAGAUGAAGGACAUUGAAAAGCAGCUGAAGGGAGGGAGAAUGGGCAAUGGUCCGAAUCUCUUCGAGAAGUGGAGGCAGUUGUUGAAUAAGGUUUUGUAAUUCUUUCGUAUUUUAUGUAUUG